CAAAAAGAGAAACCUAUUUCUUUGGUACACUAUAAAUACUUAUAACCUUUCUUUAAGCUCUGAAUCUCAGCAACUAAAUCAAUCACACAAUAAAACAAAAUAAAAACAAACAAAAUGGGAAACUGCAUAUGUGUAAUAAACAAAACAACGACAGAGAGAAGAAGGAGAAGAGGAUCCACCGUGUUCCAUGACGACGACGUGGUGGAAGAGAAGCUGCUCGGGGAAACAAGUAACGUGUCGUCAUCAAGCUCUUCAUCCACGUGUGGAGGAAGAGAGAUUAAGAUAAAGAUGACGAGGAAAGAAUUUGAAGAUCUCAUGAGAAACAUUAGUUUGGAGGGAUUGACGGCGGAAGAGGUUUUUUCUAACUUUCUUUCUGACGGGGGAGAUCAAACCGGAACCGCCGCUGAUCAAUCCAAUGAUCACCAACGGCCGUGGAGACCAGCGUUACAGAGCAUCCCUGAGAUUGAUUAAUGUUUUUGUUUGGUGAAUUGAUUAGAAAAAGCUGAGUUUAAUCGCUUAAUCAGUGAUCUUAGCUAAUUCAAAAUUAUGUACAUGCUUGUUUUGUAAUUAUCUUUUCUUUUUCAACAAAAUACAUUUGGAUGCAACAUCCAGAUGCUAAUAUAUUAGAUAUUUUGUUUGAAUAAUCUAAUAUUAUUUGUAAUGUUUUUCCAAUUGUUUAUUGUAAAUAAUGUUUGUAA